AUGCUAUCAAUAAAACGAUUGCGGACAUUGUCUGCGUCGAAAAUACAAUCAAAAUUUUCGAUUGAUCUUCUAAAUGUGACCCGCUCGCACCAGUUCAAUAAGAAUUUUUCAACGAAAUUAGUCGAUCUGUGUAAAUCUGCAUCGCUUCUUCAGCAAAUAACAUCACAAUCGAGACAUCCACAUUUAAAACAUUACAAUGCUGAAAUCAAAGCAGUUCAAGCACUCUUGAAGAGAUCAAAUGCACCUAACUUAAAUCGUAGCUUUCAAAUAUUGGCACGGAGUCUGCACACAAGCACAUCAAACUAUAAUAAGGAUGACAAAGAUAAGGACAAAGACAAGAAAAAAGAAGAUGCGAACAUUCCGUCAAUUAUGAUCAAGGCUUUGUUUUGGUUGAUGACUACUUUUUCGCUUAUCAUGAUUAGUUCCACGCUGCUUCCUAGUGAUAAUCCUCAGAGUGAGUUUGUGAGAUACGUGUCAUGGAAUGAGUUUGUAUAUUCAAUGCUGUUGAAGGGAGAAGUCGAGGAGCUCAUAGUCAGACCUGACAUUGAAGUGGUUACUAUUAUACUCCACGAAGGAGCUAUAGUUAAGGGUAGAAAGGCCACCAGUCGAGUGUACCAUAUGAAUAUUGGGGAUAUACACCGUUUUGAAGAGAAGCUACGUGAGACGGAACAGAGCCUCGGCGUUAGAGAAGGUGUCAGAGUGAUAUAUGACAGAAAUGGAAGUGUAGCUGGUAAAGUCAUAACUACGUUAUUGAUAACGGCGGUUAUUCUAUCGUUCUUGUACUCAACCAAAUCUAUGAAGAUGAACAUCAACUUGGGAGGUUUUAGCCAACUAAGCCGUGCCAAAUUCACUUUAGUUGACUCGAUGAGUGGUCAAGGCAAGGGCGUGAAGUUCGAGGACGUGGCAGGACUGAAAGAAGCCAAGGUCGAAGUCAUGGAGUUUGUAGACUAUCUCAAGCGGCCGGAGCAUUAUAAGAGCUUAGGGGCCAAGGUCCCCAAAGGUGCGCUGCUGCUGGGUCCUCCUGGUUGCGGGAAGACGUUGCUGGCAAAAGCAGUCGCUUCGGAAGCCAAUGUGCCAUUCCUUUCAAUGAAUGGGUCGGAGUUCAUAGAAAUGAUUGGCGGUCUCGGUGCGGCCAGAGUCAGAGACCUGUUUAAAGAAGCCAGCUCCCGCGCACCCUGCAUCAUUUACAUAGAUGAAAUGGACGCGGUGGGUCGGGCCCGUUCUUCCGGAGCCUCGUCGUUCGGUCCUGGAGGUGGAGAAGGCGAGCAGACCCUCAAUCAGCUCUUGGUGGAGAUGGACGGCAUGAAGAGUCGCGAGGGUGUCGUCGUACUUGCGUCUACCAACCGAGCUGAUGUUUUAGAUAAGGCGUUGCUGAGACCCGGCCGCUUCGACCGUCACAUUCUUAUCGACCUGCCGACUCUUCAGGAGAGAGAAGAGAUCUUCGAGAGGCACCUCAAGAAUAUUGUGCUUGAAGACCUACCUAAAUAUUACGUGAAAAGACUCGCGUAUCUGACGCCGGGCUUCAGCGGUGCGGACAUAGCGAAUGUAUGCAACGAAGCCGCCCUACACGCGGCCAGACACAAACAGAGCAUCGUGCGAGCAGCCAACCUUGAAUACGCCGUUGAGAGGGUUGUCGGUGGUACGGAGAAGCGAAACCACGCGAUGUCGCCCGUGGAGAAGAAGAUAGUUGCGUACCACGAGUCCGGGCACGCGCUGGUCGGCUGGCUUCUAGAGCACACUGAUGCCCUUCUCAAGGUUACCAUAGUGCCAAGAACUAACAUGGCGCUGGGAUUCGCCCAGUACACGACCUCGGAUCAGAAACUCUACACCACUGAAGAGCUCUUCGAUCGAAUGUGCAUGGCUUUGGGUGGACGUGCGGCAGAAGCAAUCAUAUUCAACUCGAUCACGAGCGGAGCCAAGAAUGACCUCGAGAAGGUCACCAAGAUUGCGUAUGCGCAGGUACGCGUGUACGGUAUGUCACCAACGGUGGGUCUUUUGUCGUUCCCCGAUAUAAACGAGCGAGGCAAAAGUCCCUUCAGCAAGACCCUCAAGAAUUUGAUGGACAUGGAAGCUCGCAGGAUCAUCGCAAAGGCCUAUUACAGAACGGAGGAGCUGUUACGAAAGAACGAGGACAAACUAAAGGCGCUCGCCGAAGAAUUACUGAAAAAGGAAACGAUGAAUUACAAAGAAGUCGAAGCUGUCCUGGGCCCGCCGCCGUUCCCGGGAAAGAAGUUCAUUGACCCCGUGGAGUUUGAGAACAAUUUACGUAAUAUGGAGAAGGCUGCCUCGCCCGAAGAUAGAAGGGAAGUGGGCGCCCCUUCGGCCAAGACGGACUCGCAACCCGGCGUUUAA